AUGCGUCGUGCAUACCUGAAGGAAACAGACAUAACAGUACAGAAGACUCUACAAAUCGCUUACACUUAUGAAUCAACUGAAGCCCAAGCUUGCCAGGUGGAGCAAGGUGAAGAAGCACCAAUUAAGAACAAGGUAAACACGAGAUACAAACAACAACAGCAGCGGCAAUGUUGGUUGGAAGGUGAAGAAAACUCCAAUGUGAACAAGUAUGCCUGUGUCCCCCCUCUGAGUAUACCUGUGUCCUCCUCUGGUAUGCCUGUGUCCCUCCUCUGUACCUGCACCCUCCUCUGUAUGCCAGUGUCCCCCUCUGGUAUACUGUGUCCCUCCUCUGGUAUGCCUGUGUCCCCCUCUGGCCCUCUGUGUCCUCCUCUGUAUACCUGUGUCCCUCCUCUGAGUAUGCCUGUCCCCCCUCUGGUGCCUGUGUCCCCCCUCUGGUAUGCCUGUGUCCUCUCCUGGUAUGCCUGUGUCCCCCCUCUGGUAUGCCUGUGUCCUUCCUCUAGUAUGCCUAUGUCCCCCUCUGGUAUGCCUGUGUCCUCCUCUGUAUACCUGUGUGCCUCUGGUAUCCCUGUGUCCCCUCUGGUAUGCCUGUGUCACCUCCUCUGGUAUGCCUUGUCUCCUUCAUUCCACACACUCCAGUAUCCAGUGUCCCCCUCUGAGUAUGCCUGUGUCCCUCCUCUGUGUCCCCCCUCUGGUAUGCCUGUGUCCCCCUCUGGUAUGCCUGUGUCCUCCUCUGGUAUGCCUGUGUCCUCCUCUCUGGUAUGCCUGUGUCCAUCUCGGUAUGCCAUUGAUACACUCUGGUGGCCUGUGUCCUCCUCUGGUAUGCCUGUGUCCUCCUCCUGGUAUGCCUGUGUCCUCUAUAUACCCAGUGUCCCCCCUCUAGUAUGCCAGUGUCCCCCUCUAGUAUACCUGUGUCCCAUCCUCUGGUAUCCUGUCACCUCCUCUGGUAGCCUGUCCCCCCUCUGGUAUACCUGUGUCCCCACUCUGGUAUCACAUGUCCCCCUCUGGUAUCCUGUGUCCCCCUCUGGUAUGCCUGUGAUACCACCUGUAUACCUGUGUCCCCCUCUGUAUGCCUAUACCCUCUGGUACCUGUGCCUCCCUGACCUGUCACACUGUGGCCUUGUGCACUCUAGUAUCCUGUGUCCCCCCUCUGGUAUGCCUGUGUCCCCUCUGUAUGCCUGUCCCCCAUACCUGUGUCCCCUCUCUAGUAUGCCUGUGUCCCCUCCUCUAGUAUACCUGUGUCCCUCUCUGGUAUGCCUGUGCACUCCUCUAGAUGCCUGUGCUAGCAUACCUGUGUCCCUCCCCUAG